AUGUUAAAGAGCACGCUCAGGCUUUCAAGGACCUCCUUCAGAAGAAAUUUCGCAACGAUCGACUGCUUACGCCAACAAAAUUCGGAUAUCGAUAAAAUUAUACUAAAUCCAAUCAAACUAGCUCAGGGGACCAGGAGUGACCAUGACCAAGCCUCUAGAAUUAAAAGGGAUAACGCAGAUAUUUUAUCGAUGGAAAUUCCAGUAGAUAUGAUGCAAUCUGCUGGGAGAAUAAACAAGAGGGAGCUUCUGUCCGAGGCGGAGAUUGCAAGAAGUAGUGUGGAGAAUGCUCAAAUGAGAUUCAAUUCAGGCAAAUCUAUAAUUGUGAACAAGAACAACCCUGCUGAGUCAUUUAAAAGAUUGAACAGGAUAAUGUUUGAAAACAAUAUUCCUGGAGAUAAAAGAAGUCAACGAUUUUACAUGAAGCCGGGAAAAGUAGCCGAGUUGAAGAGGUCUCAAAGGCAUAGAAAGGAGUUUAUGAUGGGCUUCAAGAGAUUGAUCGAAAUUGUUAAGGAUGCCAAGAGGAAAGGAUACUGA